UUAUUCGCCAGAUACGAUCAUUAAACCCAAAUCCAUAUCUUCUUUGACACCGGUUCAAAUUCAAAUCGUGUAAAACAAGUGUAACAAAGAUUACACAACCCGAAAAUGAAGAGUAUAAAAACCGGUUAAUCGCUUAUCAAUUAUUUUAUUGAGUGUUAGGGUGAUGACCUCUUAAAAAAAAAAAAAAAAAAAAGGGUAUGAAUGAGUUAGGUGACAGGGAGAGAAAUAGUACCUUUGAAAUAGUUUGAUCCCCCACAAGAGAGUAAAGACAUUUGUCCACAACCAAAGAAACUCAACCAUGUGUCAUCAGUCAUCUCUAUUCUUGUGUCACUAUCCAAUACUCAUCUUUCUAUAUAAAUUUAGCCAUUAUUAAUCAAUAAAUUAAAAUUAAACCUAAAACCAGUUUUAUAUGAACUUGAAUACAAUACCAGAAGCAAUCCCACCCAAAUUUCAUAAACCCAAUAGUACACUAAUUAUUUAUUAUUCUCUCUCCCUUUAUUUUUCUGUUUUUACAUUUAUCAAAAAUUGAAAUUCAACCUCUUUUCUUUCUAAAAUGUUAUGAGUUUCUGUCAUUUCUCCUGCACAACAGCUUAAAACCCAUCAAUUUCUCACCUGGGACAGAGUGGAGGAAAAUCUGACCUGGCAAUGAGCAUGGCUGUUGAGGGAAGCCAACAGAGUGAUGUCUCUGAGCUGAAUGGGGUUGUAGUAGCUGGAGACAAGACAAAUGAUGAUUCUGAAAUUAAAAAUGACGUUGUUGAGGAUGAAGCUAGAGCUGUUGACAGUUUUAAGACGAUAUCUCCUUUGAGGUAUGAGAUUGAUGCUUCUGAAACUAGAAACAGUGUUGUUAGAGAUGACACUGAGGUUCUUGAUACAUCUAAACUGAUUUCUCCUACUAAAACUGAGGAUGCUGGGUUUGGCUUGUCCAAGUGCUCAUCCACUGAAAUAGUUUCUUCAAUGAAAGCUGAGUGUCUUGAUACUUCUAAACUGCUUUCCAACACAAAUGAAGGCCAUGCUGGGUUGCCCAAGUCCCCAGCCAUUGAAAUAGGUGCUUCAAUAGGAGAUGAUUCUGAAAUCUAUAAUCAUGUUGUCAAGGAUGAAGCUAGUGUUUUUAAUGUAUCUAAUUUGAUUUCCCCCAUGGAACAUGAGAAUGAUGUGUUUGAUGUUAAGAACAAUGUUGUAAGCAGUGGAGUUGAGGGAUUUGAUGCUUCUAAAGUGACUUCAUCCAUGGAAGAGGAGAAUGUUGCAUCUGAAACUAGAAAUAAUGUUGUUGUCAGUAAAGCUGAGGGUUUUGAUGCUUCUAAAGUGAUUCCCCCCGUGGAAGAUAUGAGUGAUGCUUCUAAAGUGAUUCCCCUCAUGGAAGAUGUGAAUGAUGCGUCUGAAAUUCAAAACAAUGUUGUUAUUCCCCCCGUGGAAGAUAAGAGUGAUGCUUCUAAAGUGUUUCCCCUUACGGAAGAUGUGAAUGAUGCGUCUGAAAUUCAAAACAAUGUUGUGACCAGUGGAGCUGAAGGUGUUGACGCUUCCAAAGGGUACCCUAUGGAUGGUGACAAUGAUGCAUCUGAAAUAGGUAACAAUGUUGUUAGCAGUGGACAAGAGGGCUUUGAGAGUUCUAAAAUAAUUUCUCCUAUAAAUGAUAAUGGUGCUUGCCUUUCAAAGUGCCCAACAACUGGUGAAGAUAUGCCUCUGAUCGUGGAAAAUGGUAGGGAACACAAUGAACCUAAAAAGAGUGCUGAGUUGAGAGAGAGAAAGAAGAGCAAAUAUUUGUCCCCUCCUUACGUGAACCUGAACAAGGGAUCAAAAGGUUUGUCUAGUUUGAAAGAGUCUGAAACAGAAAGAUCUGGUGCUCCUGAAGAUGGGGAGGGAAAUGCCAGUAUAUCUGACAAGCAAACGACGUCCCCUCCAGUUGCAAAGAGUGGAAGCAAAAAGAGAGGGAGAAAAAGCUCAAGAAAAUCUCUUGUUGGUAAUAUACAGGAUAUAAGUGCACCAUCAGCUAGUUUACUCUCAGAACUGCAUUUGGCGGCUUUAGACUGUCUGUAUGCGUAUGAUGAUAAAGAUUUUGACCCUAUUGAGAUAUUCUUUUCUGGAUUUCGGGCUUCGGUAUAUCAAGGUGACUCUGAUUGUGAAGUGAAAGGGAAGAGCACAAGUGGCCAGGCUGCUGCUGGUUUGGCUGAUAAGACUCAGGUAGGAAGCUCAAACCAAAGUAAACCUCGACAAAAAAGGAGAAAGAAAGAGGAAAAAGCAGCAGAAUUUACUCCUCAGGUAGGAAAUUCAAAUAAAAGUAAACCUGGACCAAAAAAGCGAAAGAGAGAGGAUGUAGCUAUCGGAUCUACUAGUGUGCUUCCUACUGGCCUCUAUGAUGUUAAUGUAAAUGCUGCUGAAAUAUCCUCAUUUACUGUAGAAAAUUAUCCAGCAGGGGUUGCUUCAACAGUGAUUAUGAAGCCUCAACAGAAGAGAAAGAAAGACGUGAGUGCCCAAGUCCCUGAGGUGCCUAAACAGACCACUGCAUUUACUCUGGACUUCUCUCAGGAGACUAUACAGACAAUCCCAUCGUCUCUUGAGCUCUCUCAAGAGCCUACACAGACAAAGCCUUUUACCAUUGAGGGCAAGGAAGCAGUUGGCAUUCCAGAUUUAAAUAACCAUUCUGCUCCUGAGGGUGUGCCUGGUCCCAAAAAGAGGGGGAGGAAAAAAGGGGUAAGUCCUGCUAAUGCUAAUUCUGACGGGAAUCCGAAGAAAAAGAAGAGGCGGAGGAGGCGGAAGGAUGGGACUUAUGCUGAUGAUUUAAUGACUAAUACCCUUUUGAGCGCUAAUGGAACCAACGCGAAACCUAUUUCAUUGGAAGUAUGUUUGCCAAAUGUGGGUCUGCAGUCAUCUGUUCCACCAGCAGCAGCAUCUUGUUUGAACAGUGCAAACAACAGUAUGACUCCACCAAAACCAAUGCAACCUGUUAAUGGAAACAAUACCCCUGCUGUUGCAGCGAUUCCUGGUACUCCUGGGGAGGCGCCCUCUAUUGAACAGAUAAGGAAGAAUCUUGAGAUGAUGACGUCCAUGCUGGAAAAAUCGGGGGAUUCUCUCUCUGCUGAGUUGAAAGCGCAUUUAGAGACUGAGAUUCAGGGACUUUUGAAGAAAGUAAGCUCCAAUCCUGGCUCAUCUGUGUCUUAGUUGAUCAGUAAUUGUAACAUAUAUAGGUGCUCCAGCGCAGCCUGUCUGAAAAACUUUGCUACUCUUGCUUAGUGUUUUCCUUCCCAAUUUGGUCAUUAGGUUGGUCAUUGUUGAUCAUUCAUUUAGAAGUCUUUCCCCUCGCCUCUAGAUCAAGGUGUCCCAGUUGCUCCUCUUGUGCCUCAGUUUCCUUUUAUUUUGCGUUGGUGGUACACUUGAAACAAAGCAUUAACUCUUAUUUUUGGAUGCUGUGUGUGUUUUGGCACCGGGCAGUGGUAGUAAAUUAUUGUUGGGAACUUAUUGCAGGGCUACGAGUAGUAAAUUUCUGAACCUAUAUUGUGUGUUUCUGUUGAUCGGUAUGCCAUUUUCUACUUGUGGCAAGCCCCAAUGUUUUAUUGUGCAUUUCCUUUGAUUGUUGACGAUUUUGUCACGAUCAACAAAUAGACCAUAAGUUGGGUAAGAUCAGAUUUAAGCCGGGGCCAAUUCAGCUUUGUUACAGGUCGAUUUUUGGGUACUUUUGGAUGAAACUCGGUGGUAUUUUGGGUUCUGGUUGAAAAAUGGUGUUCAAAUCUAAAUUUUAAUUUAAUUUUAUUUUUUAUUUAAUUUUAUUUUUCGUUUGGGGGGGGGGAUUAGUUGGGUUUUUAAAGCCGGGUAAACAUUAGACAGAACUCCGGCUGCAGGAGGUGGCUAUUCUGGCAAUGAAAAAAUGUUCAAUUUGUUGCUUUUCUUUA